AUGAUCUUCAUAGCCUGCAUAAUCGAAGAUCCAUCGACAAAGCGACAGUAUCCUCGUGGUUACGUCGAAGCACUGGAGCAGCGACUGGCACAACUGGAAAGUACUUUGGAGGCAGCCCCGACGAGAGAGAGGGACUUAGAGCCAAUCAGUAGCACGCAGGAUCCACCCGAAAUCACGCAUGAGAUAACGGAGAUGACCCCUGGCCAAGUGUCAGCUACUUCGGAGUAUGUAUUACGUGGUACACAUGCCAUCCCCGACCCUCAAGCUAAAAAGAUGCAGAUAUAA